AUGGGGAAACGCUGCCUCUUGCUGCUAAUUUCUGUUGCCGUCGUCUGCUGGCUAACAAUCGCCUCGAGCGUUGCCGGCGACACGAGGAUCGAGGUGGACGCGAAUGGCAAUGAGUACGAAGUGAAACGCUUUCACAUCGAGGGACGCCAGCUGAAUGGCCAAGGCAGCAAGUCCCAGUGUGUGGUCACCCGGCGCAAGCGUGCCAGCCGUGCGAUGGCCCCACUGCCGGCCAGCGUCACCGUCAACUCCCAGCAGUUGACCCUGACUCCCGCUGCCGGCAUUGAUGGUGUCGCCAUUCCACUGCCCGUUAAAUCGGAACAGUCGAACGGCAAGCGACGCUAUGUUGCCUUGGCAACAGUGCAGCUCCAUGAAGACGAUGAGGAUGACGAUGAUGGCGAUGCUGAGGAAGACGAUGAGCAAGACGAGAAUGACAAUGAUGAGCAGACGCACUUUAUCCAAUUGCAGACGGCACAGGAUGUGAACGAUGGUGCUCAGGGUCAUCGGGCGCAGUUGUCGCAGGGCGUCAGUGUUGUGGCCAAUGCGGCCACCAAUGCGAAUGUGGGCGGGGAGGCGGGCAUUGUGGUCGUCGAAUCGCAACAGCCGCCCAAGGUCAAUCCCAGCACACAUGCCGUCUUCGAGCUGAAGCCGCUGUCCCAGUCGCAUCUGCCACAGCUGGCACAGCUGCCACACUCGAACGUGGCCUACUGGCCACAGAUUGCGGACUUGGAUGACGAUGACGAUGUGGAUGUGGCCGGCAAUCAGGAUGAAGAUGAUAUAUUCUACUAUGGCGAUCGGUAUCAGCCAGUAGGCUUCUACGAGGAAAAGGAUCAUUUCAUAUCGGAGGACAGUCCCGUUAGCACUACGGCCAUUUGGAGCACUGACGCUGACGAUGACAUCCAUCCCGUCAUCAAUGAGCCCAACCAGCGACCCAACCAGAAGAAGAAGAAGAAGAAGCAGCAGAUGAAGCGGCGCAAGCAGAACAAGAAGCGAAAGCAGCAGCAGCAGAAGAAGAAGAGGCGUCGUCCUGAACUAACGGAACAGCAGACGAAGAAGAAGAAGAAGCAGCAGCAGCAGCAACUGGACGAAAGCUUUGGAAACAAUGAUAAGCAGCCAUUAGAAUUGGGAUCGGGAUCGGGAUCGGGAUCGGGAUCAGUGUCUGCACCCAGCAAAAACAAGAAGAAGAAGAAGAAGAAGAAUAGCAGCAGUAGCAGCAGCAGCAGCAGCAGCAGCAGCAGUGUCAACAAGCGUCGUCGUCGUCCCAGCUCCAGCUCCAGCUCCGGCUCCAGUUCUAGCUUGAGCGAUCGUCCUUUGGGCGGCUAUCGACGUCGCCGACCGCAGAGCGAGCGACAGCGCGAGGAGAAGCGACGCCGCCGCCUGCAGCAGCAGAAGCGUCGCCGUUUGCUGGAGCAGCGACGUCGUCGUCGCCGCAACAGGCUACAACAGCAGCAGGGCAAUCGCAGGGAUUACUAUAACGAAGAGCCCAUCAUCAAUUGCAUCUACAUCAACAAGGAUCCGACAACGACGACGACAACAACGCAGCGUCCCUUCUGGAACAUCCUCGGACGCGAUGCGAGCUCCGUCAAUGAUAGCGGCAAGGAUACGCAGCUGCCCACCCGCGACUUUGAGACAGAGAAGGCUCUGCUCCAGGCCAUUCGACGCAAUGCCGAAUUUGGCAAUCGCAAGCGCACCAAUCUCAGAUUCGUCGCCUAA